AUGGCAGAAAACACAAGUCCAGCUAUCACUAUGACUUGUGAGGUUUGUUCAGAGUAUUACACUGACCCCCUCAUGCUUCCCUGUCUUCACUCAUUCUGUAAGAAGUGUCUAAUAAAAGCUAAAGAGAAGCAAGGUAGUGCUGAUACCUCAUUAAAGUGUCCAACGUGUGACACUAGCGUUAAUUUACCUGAUGGUAAAAUUGAAGGCCUCACUCAAAACCUUUGGUUUGAACAUAAAUCAAAAGAGGCUUCGAUCAAAAAGAAGAUUGUUAGCAAUGAAGCAAUAUCAUGUGAUAAAUGUAGCGUUGAUGAUUCCAGUGAUGCAGCUGUUGUGUAUGGUAAUGGACAGUUUGACAGGCCUUGGGGUUUAUUGCUGGUAGGAGACAGGCUCUAUGUGUCUGAUUAUAAUCUUGAUCGUGUGCAGUAUUUCUCAGCUACUACUGGUCAGUAUAUUGGUCAGUUUGGUAGUAAAGGUAAUGGAAAUGGACAAUUCUCUAAUCCUGAAGGUAUGUCUACUGAUGGUAAAGGUAAUAUAUUAGUAGCUGAUUACAACAACAGUAGAGUACAAGUGUUUAAAGAAGAUGGUACAUUUGUACAAGUCAUACAAUGUGAUGGCAAUGCAUCUGAUGUAGCAGUUGAUAAUGAAGGAAAGAUACAUGUUACCAUUCAUAAUCAACAUCAUGUUCAAGUCUUCUCUCCUGAUGCUGGUAACUUUAAAUGUCCUGAUGGUAUUGCUAUCAUUGAUGAUGAAGGAUAUAUCUUCGUAUCAGCUUAUAAUGGUGGCACCUCUUAUCUUCACGUAUUGAGUCCUGACAGGAAACAAGUCAAAUUAAUCUCAGGAUUAUCUUGUCCAAAGGGUGGAGCACUGGAUAAGGAUGGAUAUAUUUAUGUUGCUGAAUAUGGCAAUAAACUUAGAUCACUAGGUGAAUCAGUACCUGAUAAUAAACUGGGUCUACUCUCUCUUCCAUUUCUAUUUGAAUUUAAACUAGUUGUUUCUAAAUAA